GACUUGGCGCCGCGCCGCCGGAAGUGCUCUCCCGACCCGCCGCGACGCGGGAAAGAUGGCGCUGGAUCCCGGCGACAUGGAAGAGGGGCAGCUCUCCGACUCGGAUUCUGACAUGACGGUCGCCCCCAGCGACCGGCCCCUGCCGGAGCCGAAGGUACUAGGCGGGGACAGCGCCGUGAGGUCCUUCCAGAGUAACGCCGCAGCGUAUGCACCAGCGUCACAUUAUCGGACUAUUAAGAGUGUCGACUCAAGUGAAGAGAGUUUUUCUGAUUCAGAUGAUGACAGCACUCUUUGGAAGCGUAAGAAACAGAAGUGUUUUAACCUUCCUCCCAGAUCGGAGCCUUUACACUUUGGCCAAGACAUCCAGAAACCGCCUGUUGCCGGAGGAAAGAAAAUCAACAACAUAUGGGGUGCUGUGCUGCAGGAACAGAAUCAAGAUGCAGUGGCCACUGAACUGGGCAUCCUGGGGAUGGAGGGAAGUAUUGACAAAAGCAGGCAGUCUGAGACCUACAAUUAUUUGCUUGCCAAGAAACUCAAGAGGGAAUCCCAAGAAAAUACUAAAGAAUUAGACAAGGAACUAGACGACUACAUGCAUAGUGGCAAGAACAUGGAAUCAAAGGAAGAGGAAAAUGGGCAAGUUCAUCUCAAACGGAAAAGACCCAUCAGAGAGAGACUAGGGAACAGAAUAGCAAUGGACUAUAAAGGCCGCUGUGAGAUCUCAGAGGACGACUCUCAAGAGAAAGUGGCUGAUGAAAUUGCUUUCAGGUUGCAGGAACCAAAGAAAGAUCUGAUAGCCCGAGUAGUGAGGAUCAUUGGGAACAAAAAGGCAAUUGAACUUCUGAUGGAAACUGCGGAGGUUGAACAAAAUGGAGGCCUGUUCGUAAUGAAUGGUAGUCGAAGAAGAACACCAGGUGGAGUUUUUCUGAAUCUCCUAAAGAACACUCCAAGUAUUAGUGAGGAACAAAUUAAGGACAUUUUCUACAUUGAAAAUCAAAAAGAAUAUGAAAAUAAAAAAGCUGCUAGGAAGAGAAGAACACAAAUCUUGGGGAAAAAGAUGAAACAAGCUAUUAAAAGUCUAAAUUUUCAAGAAGAUGAUGAUACAUCACGAGAAACUUUUGCAAGUGACACAAAUGAGGCUCUAGCAUCUCUUGAUGAAUCCCAGGAAGGACAUGGAGAGACAAAAUUGGAUGUGGAAGAAGCCAUUGAAGUUGAUCAUUCUCAUGAUUUGGACAUUUUUUAGUACAUUUUGAGAAUAAACCUUUCUAAAAUAGCAUUGCGAUAAGCCAUUUCUACUGAGAUUGUUUUGUUUUACUAUGCACUGGUAAACACGAAAAUCUGAAGAGAAAGAACUUUUGUUAUUUGAAAUAGAAAUUGAUAGAAACAUUUACAAUUUCUCAUGUCUGACAUACUUAAAAAUAUAUAAGCAGAGGAUUUAAUCUCUGAAUUCAUUGCAUGUACUGAUUAUUACUAGUUGGUAAUCUCUUUCUGUCUAACAAUCUAUUCAAGUCUUUUCGCCAUUUAUCUUCAGUGAAUUAUGACUGGUUCAAAACAUUCCAUGGAAGAUUGAACUGAGACAUAAAAUUUCUGGCUCUUACACAUGCAUUCACAAUUAGGUUUUUUUUUUUUUGGUGUGUGUGUUUUAAGAAGUAAUUUUAAGGAUAGAGAUUUAAAUAGGUUUAUACAGAUAGCUAACAGUAAAUAUGUCUAAAAGUAAAUAUCAAAGAGAUGCUGAUCCUUAACUUUAUUUUUGACUUCUUAUUUUACUUGGUCAUAUACUAAAUAGCCGAGUGUGAUCUCUACCUGUGUAAUUGCCAUGAGCAUUAGGAAUUCCCCAAUGAGGGCCUGCUUAUGACUGUUUUACCUUACAUUAAGGAAGAUAGGUAUUAAAAAUGUCAUAAUCUGCACGGAGUUUUUUAAAAAAUUCAUUGUUGAAGGAAAUAAAGAUACUGUAGAUGUUCCAAGAGUUGACUAUAGUUUAAAAAAUUAGAUUAAGCAAAUAUAAACUUAAAAGAACAGUAUAAUUACUCUUUGCAUCAGUGUACUUGAAUUCCUCAAACGUGGUCAUUGAAGCUGAAUCUAAGCAUUUAAGUGUGAAAAGAAGAGGAAUAUGGUUAUUGACUAUUUCCUAUUCAACAAUAAAACUUGAUUGUUGGCAGUCCAUAA